AUGAUCUCCGUCAUAGACAUAACCAUUUUCAUCGCCAGACGCUGCAGCACCAGCAGCAGCAACAGCACUGCCAGCACUGCCACCACUGCCACCACUGCCAGCACUGCCAGCGCCAGCUGUGGCGGGAGUAGCGGCCUGGAGUCGAUUCAGGAGCGGCCUGAAGAAACGGAAGGGGGAGGCGAGGAAAUGGGCGAAAGAGGAGGAGGGGGUGAGGGGAGAGGAAGGGGUGAAGGGGGAGUAACUGAGAGGGGAGGGAGUGCAGGUGGAGGAAGGGGGACCGGGGGAGGAACGGGCGGAGGAAUGGAUGGGAGCGGCGGGAUUGGGCAGCUGGAGUGGCUGAAAGAGGCUCGAGUGGCUGAUGUGAUGGGGAAGACGGAGGAGACUCGCACCAUGCUCGUGCUGGACCCCCAUGCCACCGUGCUCCAAGCCAUGGAGAUGCUGGGUUCUAGAGGCUUCCACCGCGCCCUUGUUCCAAACAUCUGCCCUCAGGACCACGAUCACACCACCGCCAUGCCCAUGCCUGCGCUGCUGCAGUCGCGCCUGGGAGGAGGAGAAGGGGGUGCGGCAGGGGAGGAGUACCGAGUGCUGUCACAGAUGGACAUUGCUGCGUUCAUGCUCAAACACGAGGGGCUGCUGGGCUUGGCUCUGGCUAAAAGCAUCGAUGACAUUGGGCUGGUCUGGCCAUCUGUGGUCUCGGUGACUCCAUCCACUCCUCUUCUAGACGCAUUCAACAUGUUCCGAAUAAGAGGG